AUGCUCUGUGAGAAAGGAGAAGAUGUGGCUGGAGACGGGGGCCAUGCAGAGGGAGGGCAGCACUCUUCCUGGACUAACAGCCUUGUUGUAGUUCCUGGAGAUGAGCCCAACAUAGCAUCACACAAGCAUGGGAAUGAGGGCAAGGCUUGUGCUGCCCAGGAAGAGCCUCGACGCAAAUUCCCCCACAGCGCCCGGGGGCGGCGCCGCCAUUACCGGGGCCCCGCCCCUGAGCAGGCCGGGGCGCGUGCGCCGUGCGCGCGGCGCCUGCGCGCGGGCGGUGCGGCGGAGGCGUGGGAGCGGCGCGCUCGCUCGGGGACCGGCCGGGCCGGGCCGGGCACCGCCGCCCUGCAGGGCAGCCCCGCCGCCGCUCCCGCCUCCUCCGCCUCUUCCUCCUCCUCCUCGUCGCCGCCGCAGCAGCAGCAGCUGACGCUGCUCGUGAUGCAGCCCGGCGGCGGCGAGGAGGCGGCGGCCGGGGCGGCGGGGGUGGUGCUGCAGCCGAGCGCCGACCAGCAGCUGCCGCCCUCCGCUAGCGGCGGCCUCAUGGUGUUCUACGAGCUGGGGCCCCCCGGCGAGAUCGAGGUGGGGGAGGAGGAGGUGGAGGUGGAGGCGGCGGGCGGCGAGAGCACGGCCAGCCUGGAGGAGCUGGAGGAGGAGGAGGCGGCGGCGCCGGGGGCUGCGGGCGGCGAGGCGGCGGCGGGCGGCGAGUGCAAGAGCUGCACGUACGAGGGCUGCAGCGAGACCACCACGCAGGUGGUGAAGCAGCGCAAGCCCUGGAUGUGCAAGCGGCACCGCAACAAGAUCUACAAGGACAAGUACAAGCGCAAGAAGAGCGACCAGGCCCUGGGGGGCGGCGGGGCGGCGGCCGCGGGGGGCGGCCCGCGGGCCGAGGAUAGUGCUGAAGGUUCAGUGUCUGUCACAAAACAGAGAACAGGAUCCAUUGGGGAUCGCCCAGCAAGACCUACUCUUUUAGAACAAGUAUUGAAUAAGAAGAGGCUGUCCCUACUCAGAAGCCCAGAAGUAGUGCAGUUUCUACAGAAACAACAGCAACUGUUAAGUCAACAAGCUUUGGAACAAAGGCAGCAACAGUUUCAAGGAGCACCUGGGUAAUGAGGAAAGAUCAAUGAUCUGCAGAUGAGUCUGGUGCUGAAGGAGGGACAGGAUCUGUAUUUUGUAUAAAUACAAAGAAUCUCAGUGUUUAAACAAAAAUGGAAGUUGCUGUUGUUAUGUAUUUGUUUCCUGUUUGCACUUUUUUGAGGUUUUGAGCUGCUUGGGUGUCUGCAGACUUGUGAGCAAACCAUAGAAUGGUCUGGAUUGUGUUACAGAAACUUCUCAGUCUGACCAUUCACAGGACUCUCUGACAGUCACUCUCCCAGUGCCAGAGACUUCAACUUCUGGGGCCAAAGCUCCUUCAGUGCAGGCAGCUCCAGUGAUCUGACUGGUGCCCCCCCUGACUCCCUGCACACCUGGCUUGCAGUCAGACCAGGUUUCCUUACUGGUUUGACCCCAGGGCUUGAGAACCUUGUUCCAUAAAGCAAUUUAUUAACAGUGUAAUAACACAGAAACAGCCUGGGCUGGUGCCUCCAAGGAGGGAUCCCAGACAAAGGAACUCCUGGGCUUUUAUACCAUCACGGUGUAAGGCUCUUCCUCCUGAAUCUUCCCUUCUGAGUCUUCCAUUCCUGCCACAUCCCUGUGUCCAUCCACCUGGCUGGCCGCUCACCUUCAUGCCUUUUGUUAUACAAAGUGUUGGCAGUUCACUGCCUCCUGUCAUUGCUCCCACCCAGAGCUCAAUUUGCAUCUCAAUCUGCAUCUAUAACUGCAGCUUAUAAAUCAACUACCUGCACCAGAUGUGUUCCUCAACAGUUGGAAGGGACUUUGAAAGGUCAUCAAGUUCCAACUCCCCUGCUGUGGACAGGGAUACCUUUCAUAAGACCAGGUUACUUAGAGCUCUGUCCAGCCUGGCCUUGAACACUUCCCAGGGAGGGGGUAUACAUACCUAGAUUCUCUGAGCAACCUGUUCCAGUGCCUGACGACCCUCACAGUAAAGAAUUUCUUCCUAAUAUCUAAUCUAAAUCUACUCUUAGUGUGAACCCUUAUUCCCUUACUCUGUCCCUACAUGUCUUUCUAAAAAGUCCCUCUCCCAUCUUUUCUGUAGGCUCACUUCAAGUAUGAAGCCACUGCUUUUCUAGGCUGGACAAUCCCAAUUCGCUCAGCCUUUCCUCAUAGGAGAGGUCUUCCGUCCCUCUAAUCAGCUUGUGACCCAUCUCUGGAUUUGCUGUAACAGGUGGAUGUCCUUCCUAUGUUGUGGGUUCCAGAACUGGAUGCAGUCCACCAGAUGGCAUUUUUUCCAGAGCAGAGGGGCUGUGAUGGGUUGACUUUGGCUGGACAUACAGAUUUAUAAAUUUUCAUUAGUGCCAUCCCCUGUCCUUUCACAGAUAGGUGUUAUUUUCCUAUCUCAAGAGCAUCCUCCACCCCUUCAGAUGUCCAACAACUUACAACACAGAUUGCUUUCCCCCCAGGGUCAAAUCUCCAUGGAGCACAUACCUGUCUCCUCAUCCUUCUGCGUUACUCACCAAGUACACCCAGGUAUUUGAGCAAAGACAAUCACAUAAAUGGGUUUGCCUUUUCCUAUAGGGAGAGAAAUCCACCCCGGUGUUCCUAGUCACUUCCCAUGUAUAGUAUGGGAACCUUAUCUCCUCCCCCAGGGUGUAGGGGUUUUGUUUGGACAGUACCAGGGAGGUUUGCAGAACUGGUGUUAACCAGCCAAAUGGCUUCUGUUAAAUUUACAUCCCAAUCCUUCCAUGCCCCAUUACCUAACACUUAACACAGUCUUCAGCAGGCUGAUUGUGUUAUACCACACAACCCCUUAUCUUAUGGGUGAUAAGGGAUGUGAUGUCCGCUCAAUGCCAUGGUUUUUUGCCCAAGAGUUUAUUAGGCUGUUUUGAAAAGCAGUCCCAUUGUCUGAUUCAAUUCUUGCUUGGUACCAUAUUGCCACAAAAUGUGUCUCUCAAGAUCUGAGAUGGUGUCUUGAACAGUGGCAGUGGUUUGCAGGGUAUGUUGCCAGCCUUCCAGUUGUUACCAUGGUGAGUAUGUACCAUAUGUUUGGUGUGUUUAUGGCAAUGGUCCAGUUUGCCAGGCCUCACCAUACGGGAAACCCAGCUGCUGCUCUCUAUUCCAGGGAAAGUUUACUUCAGUGGCUUGGUUGAUUGCAGCACAUGCUUCUCAUUCAUGAAUGAUCUGUACAAUGGCCUCCAUGGUCAGGUCAGUCCCUCAGUGAUGAGCACAUCUGUUUGUUGCAGCUGAUGUUUCAUGGCCCCAUCAGGUUACAAAUGGCUCACCCUUCCACUCCCACUCCAAGUGUACCUAAGUUAAUUCAGUUUUGGCAGCCUUAUCUACCUGUUCUUCAGUGGAGUGGGUUUUGGGCAUGUGAACAUCUCCCUGAUACACAUUUCCAGUCAAGUUUUCGACCUGUGCACUGAUGUCCUGCCCCAGUGCAGGUGCAGUCCAGCCCAGAUGGGUUUAUCUUUGCACUGCCAAUUGGUCCUCUUCCAUUUUUGCAGCCCCCUCCAUAGGUCAUUAGCCACCAUCCAGGAGUCAGGAUAGAGACAGAGGCAAGUCACUUUUCUCAUUCAGCAAUCUCUCUGGCUAGUUCAGAUGGCUUUCACCUCUGCAAACUGGCUUGACUUGCCUUCUCCUUCAGCAGCCUCAAUGACUUGUUCACCUCUGAUGGUUUCCUGCCACACAACAGGAUUCAUCACUAAAUAGGGCAUAGCCUCUUUCACCUUCUGGUAACUGGUUGUGUGUGGGUGCUUCUUGUGCACAAGUCUUAUCUGCAGUGCUCUAAAAUCUUUGCCUUUUGGCCAGUCCAUGAUUUUUUCCAGAAUUCCCAGUUGAGCUCGUGUAAUCAAUGCUACCCUCUUACUCCAUGUAGCACUGGCUGCGUGAUCUGUUAUGGGGAUGUUUCCUUUGACAUCUGGAGAAGUCUUUUCCAAUUAUUCUUAAACCUUAACUUUAAUAUUUUUUAAUAUUUAAUUUGUUAAUAAAAACUUGUUUAUGGUAGCAGUGUUUAGCUGUACACCCUUUUCUACCAAAAUUAUAAUAAAUUAACAUUUUUCUAUAUAAACAUUUACAGUUAAGUCAGUCUUUGAUGACAAUCAUUGAUGGAAGUCAGUUACUUUCUGGGGGCACUGUGAAACAAAGUUCUGAAGCUGAGUCAGUCCAGUGGCAUUAGCUAACAGCAAUUGCUCAGGGAUAUGAGAGAUUUAUGUCCUGUAGAAUCUUUCACUAAAGGCAAAGACAAUAUGCCAUCAAGAAGUCAAUCCAGCAGUUCAGAAAAGUACAACUAGGUGAUCUCUAUUACCUGCAAAUUAAGUAGGUUUGAAAUGCUACAUUGUGCAUAGCAUGUAAAAGAAUUUGCACUUAAAAGUUCCUAAAAUGAUAAAUGGCAAAAAACUUAAAAAAGUAUCAGGUGAAAAGUAUGAAACUGAGAGUUGGACCUUGUUACAUGGAGUUAUUUGAAAUUACUAACUUCUUAUAUGUGAAAUAUAACUUAAUUACAGUUUAGAAUACCACUAAUUUUUAAGUGACUAAAUUAAAUUAUAAAGUUUUUAACUCAUAAUAGUAAAUAAUUCAAAAUCUAGUCUCUUUCUUCUCAAAAAGGUAUAGUUAAAAGUCUUUUAUUAAGACAACAGAUCUCUAAUCAGCUGCAGUGCUUGACUUCACAGGUUUUCAACCAAUUAAAAUGAACUUGCAACUAAUUGAGUUAAGAAUCCAAACACUAUAUUAUGUAAAUGUUAAAUUCCGUGUUUUAUUUAUAAAAAUUGUUUUGUAUUAAGCCACAUUUCUGAAUAGAGGUUAUCCAAAUGGGUUAGGUGCUUAUUAUCAAGUACUACUUUUAUAUUGCAGCAGUUUGAUCCACUAAAUAAUAUCUCUUCAGCAGUA